CGAGGGCGCCUGGUCCCAAGGGUCUGCGCCGCUGCCGGCGCUGAACGGCUUGAUGGACGUCAUGGGCGGUUUCGGACGUCGAGCGCGGCGAGGAGGACAAUGGAGAUGAGGCGACUCUUCUCUUCCACAACAGCGAUCAUGGCAGCACCCAAGGACUUCUUCGAAUACGUUGAUGCUAGCGCGGGCCAGUUUAUCCAGCGGUUGGGGGAAGCGGUGGCGAUCCCGAGUAUCAGCGGCGACGCUGCCCGCCGUCAGGAUGUUAUCAAGAUGUCCAACUGGCUGAAUGCGCAGCUUCAGUCCCUCGGCGUCGACACCAAGCAGGUCGAGCUCGGCACGCAAGAGCUGCAGGGCCAGACGCUCCCCCUUCCCCCCGCCGUCCUCGGCUCCAUCGGCAAGGACCCCAAGAAGAAGACUGUGCUCAUUUACGGCCACUUCGACGUCCAGCCCGCCGAGCUCUCGGAUGGCUGGGACACGGAGCCAUUCACGCUCGUUGUCGACGAGAAGUCCGGCAAGCUGAUCGGCCGCGGCGCGACGGACGACAAGGGCCCGAUCCUCGGCUGGCUCAACGUGCUGCAGUACCACCACCAGCAUGGGAAGGAGCUGCCCGUCAACCUCAAAUUCUGCUUCGAGGGCAUGGAGGAGAGCGGCAGCGAGGGGCUCGACGAUCUCGUUAUCCGCGAGAGUAAGCCUGGAGGGUACUUUGAGGGCGUCGACUGCGUCUGCAUUUCUGACAAUUACUGGCUGAACACGCGCACACCCGCGCUCACGUACGGCCUGCGCGGUAUCGCCUACUACUCCAUUCACGUCUCUGGCCCCGCCCGUGACCUCCACUCUGGCACCUUUGGCCGCACUGUACAUGAGCCCAUGACCGAUCUCAUCGCCCUCAUGAGCAAGCUCAUCGACAGGGAAGGCAACAUUCUCAUCCCGGGCGUCGAUGACAUGGUGUCCGCAGCUGACGCGGAGGAGAGGAAAAUAUACGAAACGCUCGACUACUCUAUCGAGGACAUCGAGGAGGCUGCCGGCGCUAAGAUCGCCCUGUCCGACGACAAGGUUCAGGUCUUGAUGGGCCGCAUGCGCCUCCCCAGUCUCUCCCUCCACGGGAUUGAAGGUGCCUUCAGCACCCCCGGUGCCAAGACCGUCAUCCCCGCAAAGGUUGCCGGCAAAUUCAGCCUCCGCCUCGUCCCGCCACAAACGCCGGAGAACGUCACGCCACUGGUGAAGCAGUACAUCGAGGACGAGUUCAAGAAGUUGCGCACAAAGAACAAGCUUGAGGUCGAGUACUUGCAUGGCGGGCGCCCGUGGGUGGAGGACGUGAAGCAUUGGAACUACGAGGCGGCGAUCCGCGCGACGGAGACGGUCUACAAGCGCAAGCCUGAUCUCACGCGCGAGGGCGGGUCCAUCCCGGUGACUUUGACUUUCGCCGAAUCCCUGGGCGUGAACGUCCUUCUCCUGCCGAUGGGCCGUGGGGAUGAUGGCGCACAUUCCACCAAUGAGAAGAUCGACCGCUCAAACUUCAUAGAAGGCACCAAAUUGCUGGGCUCGUAUCUCUACGAGCUGGCCGCGUCGCAGUAAAUGAAUGGGCGGAUGUAUCAAUAGUUGACUAUCGAUUGACAGGCUUGGGACUAAGUGUAGCUACCCCGGCUUCUUCGCGUGCCAUUCGCGCCAUGAGUUGUCCCCUGUGAGCAUACAUACAUAACGCUGGCGUUUGGAUCGGCAGAGUUUGAAU